ACCCUCCGCAUUAUGUAUCCGGGCCGUGCGCUCUGCUUCCUGUCUCGCUUUAUUUCAUAAACUCGGGACGCAGAGAGAAGAAAGGAUGCUGUCCUUUUCUCGAGCUGUGGUGAGCGGGGUGGCCCGUGCCCCAGCUGCUAUCAGUCAGGGUGGCGUGACUUCUAUCACACGAUACAACAGCACAGCACAGAGUGCUCCUAAGAAAACUAAAUUUGGACCGCUGGCAGAUCAGGACAGAAUCUUCACCAACCUUUAUGGCCGACAUGAAUGGAGGCUGAAUGGGGCUUUGAAGCGUGGCGACUGGUACAAAACUAAGGAGAUUCUUUUGAAGGGAGUCGACUGGAUUCUCAAUGAGAUUAAAGUUUCUGGCCUGCGUGGGAGAGGUGGAGCUGGCUUCCCUACUGGCAUGAAGUGGAGCUUCAUGAACAAGCCCAGUGAUGGCCGCCCAAAGUAUCUGGUGGUGAAUGCAGAUGAGGGAGAACCGGGCACCUGUAAGGACAGGGAGAUCAUGAGGAAUGACCCACACAAGCUGGUCGAAGGCUGCCUGAUCGCUGGGAGGGCCAUGGGAGCCCGUGCUGCUUACAUCUACAUCAGAGGAGAGUUCUACAAUGAGUCCUCCAACCUGCAGGUGGCCAUCAAUGAAGCCUACGCUGCUGGGCUAAUUGGAAAGAACGCCUGUGGCUCUGGUUAUGACUUUGAUGUGUUUGUGAUGCGUGGUGCCGGAGCCUACAUCUGUGGAGAGGAGACCGCUCUUAUCGAGUCCUUGGAAGGAAAGCAGGGGAAGCCCCGUCUGAAGCCCCCCUUCCCUGCAGAUGUCGGUGUGUUUGGAUGCCCAACAACUGUCGCCAACGUGGAGACUGUAGCUGUGGCGCCCACCAUCUGUCGUCGUGGAGGCUCGUGGUUUGUCUCCUUUGGCAGGGAGAGAAACUCGGGCACAAAGCUGUUCAACAUCUCUGGGCAUGUCAACCACCCCUGCACAGUAGAAGAGGAGAUGUCUAUUCCUCUGAAAGAGCUCAUUGAGAGACACGCAGGUGGGGUGCGUGGUGGCUGGGAUAACCUGCUGGCUGUAAUUCCCGGUGGGUCCUCAACACCCCUCAUCCCCAAGAACGUGUGUGAAGAUGUGCUGAUGGACUUUGAUGGCCUUAUUCAGGCACAGACUGGGCUGGGCACUGCUGCUCUCAUCGUCAUGGACAAAUCGACUGACAUUAUUAGAGCCAUCGCCCGUCUGAUUGAAUUCUACAAGCAUGAGAGUUGUGGCCAGUGCACACCGUGCAGAGAGGGAGUGGACUGGAUGAAUAAGAUGAUGUGGCGUUUUGCGAGUGGUGAUGCACGUUCAGCAGAGAUAGACAUGAUUUGGGAGAUCAGCAAGCAGAUCGAGGGGCACAGUAUCUGUGCACUGGGCGACGGUGCGGCGUGGCCUGUGCAGGGAUUGAUCAGGCACUUCAGGCCUGUCAUGGAAAGCCGAAUUGCUGAAUUCCAGCAGCAGAAGCAGGCAAGGGUUUGAACGGCUUCUUCGAGUCCUUGAUCUAAUUUUCCUUCGCCCAGAACCCUGUGCUUGUCUUUCACAGAUUAUUUAAAGAAAAGAGAACGUGCCGUCUUAUUAACUCUUCAUCAAGCGUUGCAUUGAUGUGUCUGCCUUGUGAAACAAUAUUACCAAUAAAGUUCUAUGAUACUUUAAUAAAGACUUAUUCUUU